UGGGCGUUUUGGAGACUAGACUGGUUUUAUGUGAAAAUCACUAUCAGUUUGGAAUACAGUCACGGAAGUAAAUAAUGUUGAAUCGAAACUCCCCCCAGCACAAAAUGGAGAAGUCUGGGUGUUUGAUGUCAAUCGUUGUGACAUUGUCUUCAAGUUCUGACUUUGAACAACGUGAGAAAGAGAAAACUCGGAAUGAGAAAGCAUUCAGUGAAAGUAAUAAAAAGCUUGGAGAGCUUAUAUCCACUCAUCAGGAGGAAGUAAACAAAAUUGUGCAAGCAUUUGGUGCCAUGACCAAAAGCAUAAAUGAAUCUAGAACGAAAAUCCACAAAAUUAAACGUGAUUUGAAUUCGUGUAAGUCUUUACUCCAUUUCAAGCGAGAUGAGCUUCGAAAGUUGUGGAGAGAUGGAGUUGAACACAAGACUGUUUUGGCCAUGUUUGACCAAAUUGAGCAGAUCAAGGAAGUGCCUGACAAAAUGGAUGAACUUGAGUCCCAGAAAUACUAUCUCCAUGCCACAGAGCUGGUCGUUAAUUCUGUUGCAAGACUGGAAGGAUCAUUGUCUAAUGUUGAUGCUCUUCGGGACCUUCGAGCUGAACUGAAUUCCAGAAAAGAGCGCCUACAUGAGAUUAUUAUUGAUGAGCUGAACCGUCAGAUCUAUGAUAAGUCUGGAAAGCAACCAAGUCUUCGCCGAGGGUCUAAGACAGUAUUAAAGGAUGGAUCACUCAAGAGAAGUGGUGUGAAUUUUGGCCGCGACAGCCCGACAUCAUUCUGUCGGGAGGAGUCAGACCUGGACCUGAAGGAAGUGAGUGAAGACCUGCAUGCAAACCCAGAGGAGAACCAGCCUCACUUCAUCACUGUCCUCAUAGAGUCGCUGUCUGUACUGAGGAAACUGCCGGAGGCCGUCGAGGCUAUAAAGAUGAAAAUUCAUCCCGAGUUGCUUUCCCUUAUUGCAAAGUCAUCAUUACAGAUAGUUGAGAGUGCAGGUGAAACCCUGUCCAGUCAGAACCAACCCCGCUAUCUGCACGAGUUGUUGGAGGUGAUUUUCCAGCAGUUCCGUAAUGUUGCCAGUAUGCACACUCUUGUUCUAAGGAAUGUACACAGAGCCAUGCACAACCAAAGGCCACUCCAAGGGGAGGCUUCAGGCAUGCCAAUGAGAUCAGACUUGAUGUAUGACAUGAAAGAUGUGUGGGUAGAAUUCCAGGCGGUGCUGCAAGUUCUGCUUGGGGAGUACUUGGAUGUUAAAAACACCCUGUCGUCACGACAACAAGCUCCUAGCGGUUUUGAUGAGCCCAGUAUGGACAUUGGAAUGUACUUUAGCAAGAAGCGACUGCCAAGGCCGAAGAAGAUUUCCCUGUUUCGUUUUGAUGCUUCACUGCAUGCUCUCAGUACCAACAGCUAUAACGAUAACAGCCGAAGAUACGACAGAACCGAAUUGUUUGGUGGUAAAGGAUUGCUGGGUGGUCUGGGGAAACACCAGUUGGUCUGCAAGCCAGAUGCUAACAACAUCACUUUGAUAUAUAAGCCUUUAAGAACCUUCAUACAGGAAAUUGAAGCUGCAAUGGAAACUGCUCCUGGUCUUCAGGAAUACAUUACAGACUUUGUCGAGAAUGCUUUUCUAGGACAGGUUCACCAGAAAGUUUCUCGGAGUAUUGAUGCAGCCACACGAGUCAUUGAGGAGGAAGACAGUCAGCACAAAUGUUUUGAUGCACUGAGGAAUGUGAUUGAUGAAAAAAGUCGAAGAGAACUCGGCAUUCCAAGGCCACUGUUACAGAGCACCGUCACAGUUGAUAAGAACAUUGAGGAACUUCAAGGCCUAAUGCACGAUCUACCCGACUACGCUGACCAGUUCCUCAACAUGAUCUGUAAUGUACUGCGGGACUACAGGGAUAAAUGCCACUCAGCCUACAGAGAUAUUGUGCAACACGGGUCAGAUGAAAAGCGAGUUAUUAGUGCUCUCUGGGCAAAGGAUGAAGACAUAAGCCGAUUUCUCAGGUCUCUCCCGAGCUGGCGAUCACUGCACCAGGCGGAGACGGAGUUGAACCAGACGGUUUGUUCGGAGGCCGAGCUGCGCGUGCUGAGUGUGAAGGAAGUGACGAUCCUGAUCAGUAACCUCUCGUCCGACGAGUCGCUGAUCCCACAACAUGAGAUCAUCACGGACAUAACUCAGAUGAGAACCAUCGCCAACGUGCACGAGAGUUUGGAGUGGUUUGCAGGUCGACUGCAGCACUUUGCCGACAGUCUGUCAUCGAGAACUGCAGGUGCCAAUGCACUGUCUGUUCCAUUGCCAGAUCCUUUUGUGCUCUCUGAAAUUCCACCAGUAUCGGACAAAGCAUUACAGUCUCUCCGCAGUCUGGUGCAGGACUUCAGGGAUCUGGCCGAGAUUUGUUUGCUCUUACUGCAUCUGGAGAUUCGAGUCCACUGCUUCUACUACUUGUUACCUGUCGCCAAACAGUCCAACUACGCUGGGCCAAUAGAUGAUCUGGAUCCAGAUUCAAAUGUCCUCAAGCUCAACAAAGAUCUCACUGGGAUGGAAGAGGUUCUCACUCAGAGUCUUCAACCCAAGAAAUUCAGGUACAUCUUUGAGAGUCUUGGAUACCUGGUUUCAUCCAUAAUCAUCACCAGCAUUCAGUUUCUGAAGAAAAUCAAUGAAAAUGGAAUCAAAAAGAUGUGUCGUAACAUUCUCGCUAUCCAGCAGAAUCUCACUAACAUCACUUUGACUCGCGAAGCAGAUCUCGACAGAGCCAGGCAGUUUUAUGAACUCCUCUAUUUAACUCCGGAGGAUAUUCUCAAUACGAUAGCGGAGAAGGGUGUCCAGUUCUCGUUUCUAGAGUACAGCCAGCUGUUACAGCUGUACCAUCGCAGUCACACCGGGAUCAGUGCAGAAAAGCAGAAAGAACACGUGGAGAGGCUUCGCCAAAUCAUUGACAAAGGAACAAAGAGCAAAUAAAAAAAUAUAUACACCUCAAAAUAUUCAUAUGGGUUAUAUGGAGAGUCAAGGGGUAAAGUGCAAGUGAAUCUUAGGCCCCAAUAGCAAACAGAGUGACUUGAAGAGGCUAAGUGACACCACUGACAAAGGAGAGAUCGAGAACAAAUGUUAGAUUCUAAGAUGCAGUGAUGUUUUCUUCUUCAGAUGAGUUCUCAAAACUGAUCUGUUGACUCAAUAAACCCUAGCAUCUUGGAGGCUCCAGAUAAUUCAAUGACAUUUAUUUAUUCACAAAAAUAUAUUUAUUUAUAUUUAGCCUACUUCUAGUUGACAUAAAAGAUCAAGAAUAUUUCUUGAACCCUAUAAAGAGAAUACACUAUAGAGGUUACACCAGAUGAGGGUUUAACACACUGUUUAUACAUUUGUUGAAGAGGAAUGGUCAAGAUGGCUUGCCAACAGAAAGGUUUCACAAUGGUUGACAAAACAGCCAUGUUAACACUAGUACAGGUUUACCAGCAGGCAAGAAUGGCAAUCAUUGUAGAGGUGACAAAGAACAGCACAGACUUGCUUACUUACAAUUAUAACUUCUUCAUUCUUCUUCAGCGAUCCCGGCCAUGUUGGAUGGGUAGUCCAGUAUUGUGGACGAAGUCCGCCAUCUGCCUUAGCGAUGUCACUGGUUCCCACAGCUUCUCCCUCCGGUCCAUGGCACUGGGCCAAGUUUGCUGUCGCAGGGUGUCAAAGGUGGGACAGGAUUGGAGAAUGUGAGCUGGCGUCUGUGAGAGAUUUUCAGCCUGAAGAGAUGCGAGAGGAACUGACAAUGUCCGGUUCUCAGUCUGAAGAUGGUGAUCUGUUGUGCCCUGUCUAGCUGGUAGAUGCCAUUUCCUUCAGUUAUAACAAUACCCAGUAAUUGCUAAAAAAGACAAUGUUGUUUGUUUGUUUAUUUGAUGAUCAAAGAGCGAAGAUUUGUUAUGCACUGACAAAAAGAGUAAUUAAGACUUAAUGGUUUAGCAGUAGGAAAGGGUAAUGAUCAUUCUUGGGGUAGAUAAAAAAAAAAUUCUGUAAAAAAGAUGUCUUUACUAUAAGAACGAAGGAGAAAAAAUUAAGUUGCCGCUACAUGACUGGAACUGGAAGCAGAAAACCAACUGGAAGAUUUAAGCCAUUUCACUGGCUGUUGGGAACUUCUAACUAGUCUACUGAAGUUCCAGUGGUGAGAGGUCAAGUGAAGUAUUUACGAAAAGAGAAAACGAUCCAAUAUGGUUUUUUACAAGGAGUACAAUGAUCAAUGAAGACGAUCAUCUGGGGGAACAGUGUGUUGAUGAUUCUGUGUCAUCUAAAGUGGAUUGUGGUGAAUUUCAUUAGUUAGUUUCUCUGUAAACAUAAUACAAAUGAGGAAUACAGUUGUGUUCAAGAAACUGCCAUAAUUGUGGUUAUAUUCAUGAGUGUCAUGGGUAGCCCACUGUACAAUAUUGGUGAGGUGAAUACACUGAUGGAAAGAAAUAAGGGAACACAUAUAGUCAGUGUUUCUGUCAGACAUUUUUGGGUAUGGCGCUAUGGAAUUGAAUGCAACCACAGUCAACAGGAGGUAUGGGGGGACUCCCAUCCAGAAAGCAGAUGGGUUUAAUUUAGGGUUAGGAUUAAGAAAAACAUACAAUAAUGAUAAGAAUAAUUAUUUUUGUCAAAAGUUUAACUUAAAAUAAUAAAAUCUGGCAAAAAUGUGUGUGUGGCGCCAUACCGGUUUUACCCUAUGGCAGAAACCAUGAUAGUAACAGGUAGUAUUGACUGCAACCGAAAGCCUCAUCCACAGUAUCAGGAAGUUAACUGUGUUAUGGCAGUCAAUCACACAAUACUAUUCAGUCCCACGUUACAGCUCUAUUUUAUACAGGCAUAUCUGGUCAGGUCAUAGGGCUUAAUGUGCACAUUCAUAGCAAGCUGUUGUAGUGAACGCCUGUCAUGGGCACAGGUGUCGACUUGCGACGGCUCCUCAGUCCAGAACAGGAAAGGCAUAUCUACUCUAGCAAGGAACAUUAUAGUUUCAAAAUCUUGAAAAUUGAUUAGCAAAUACUAUUCAAUGUUUCAAAAUUAUGUACUGAUUUCCUAAACUUGCGUAGCAAAUCGUAAUGUGAUUACCGAGUGAUAUGUUCUCUGUGUUCCUUUAUUUGUUUUCCAUCAGUCGGGAAACAUUUUGUUUUUAAAAUCUUGAUUAGCGAUAAGGGGCGGGACAUAGCCCAUUGGGAAAGCACUUGCUCCAUGCACGGUCGGUCUGGGAUCGAUCCCCGUCAGUGAGCCCAUAGGGCUAUUUUUCGUUCCAGCCAGUGCACCACGACUGGUACAUCAAAGACUGUGGUAUGUACUAUCCUGUGUGGGAUGGUGCAUAUAAAAGAUCCCUGUCCGUAUACUUGAUCUUAUUGCUAUUGAUUUCCUUCAUAAGGAUAAAUGUUUCAUGAUAAUCAUGGUCGGAGAGAUGGGGGUGCCGGUCGAUGGAUGAGAUUGCAGCUGACAGACGUAUUGUAACAUGUUUUAUUUUAUACUGUCAGAUUUUCAUAAAAAUCUUGUAACAUUUUAUUCAGAGUAACUAACUCAAAUUAUAAACUCGUAUAUAAUG